CUUUGCUCGUGUAGUAAUCGUUGUUAGCAUAGUAGUGUUUUAGCGGAGACGCUACAUGGUCUGCCGGAAAAUGGCUUUCCAAGUGAGCGCAGUCCUCCUACUCACAAUACUUUCCCUUGCUGUUGCUUCCGAAGCUGCUUCAACAUCACAUGUUAUCACUGGAUCUGGGCAUACCGUGGGAUUUGGCGAACUGAAGGAGGAAUGGCGUGGUGAAGUAAUUCACCUUUCGUGGUCUCCACGGGCAUUCUUGCUCAAGGGGUUCCUUUCAGACGAGGAGUGCGAGCACAUCAUUGCGAAGGCAAAGCCGCGAAUGGUAAAGUCAUCUGUCGUCGACAACGCGUCGGGAAAGAGCGUUGACAGUGAGAUCCGCACCAGCACAGGAGCAUGGCUCGCAAAGGGCGAGGACGAAAUCAUUUCUCGAAUUGAGAAGCGUGUCGCUCAAGUGACGAUGAUUCCUCUCGAGAAUCACGAGGGUCUUCAGGUGCUGCACUACCACGACGGCCAGAAGUAUGAGCCGCACUACGACUACUUUCACGACCCCGUGAACGCGUCCCCGGAGCAUGGUGGCCAGCGCGUCGUGACGGUCCUCAUGUACCUGACUACUGUGGAGGAGGGCGGCGAGACUGUGCUGCCGCAUGCUGAUCAGAAGGUCAGCGGCGAGGGCUGGUCAGAAUGCGCCAAGCGCGGCCUUGCUGUAAAGCCUGUCAAGGGCGAUGCGCUCAUGUUUUACUCCCUCAAGCCGGAUGGCAGCAACGAUCCUGCAAGCCUCCAUGGAAGCUGCCCAACUCUCAAGGGCGACAAGUGGAGCGCAACAAAGUGGAUUCACGUUGGCCCCAUUGGUGGCAAGAAGGCGGUCAGCCUGGGAACGCCAGAGUGUCACGACAGCAUGGAGCAGUGCACGGAGUGGGCGUUCUUUGGCGAGUGCGAGAAAAACCCUGGCUAUAUGAGGGAGAACUGCGCACGUUCAUGCAAGACCUGCAAAUAGACCCAUGGGACCGGGUGAAGUAAGGACGUAUACUUUUUGGUGCGCGGUGGUCAUUAUAGCUGCUCUUCGAGAGAAUGUGGCGCUGUGGAAAUUGCAGUGUAUGUAAAAUUUUUAUAGAUUCUCCGUAAACACUGCACCGUGACAGUUUGUGGUUUGCGUUUACCAACCCAGUCGUAGCUGCAGAUUUUGAGGUUGCCCCGCGCGUCAUUAGCUGUGCUGUGAUUUGAGCUUCUGUUCCUGGCGCAAAUGUGCGCUAACGUGCACUGUUCAACAAAAGCAUCUGUUGUGAUCGGUGUUAAGCGGGUUCAUCUUUGGCUGCUGGGUUCGGUUUGAAAAGGAUGCGUCCUGACUGCGCGCGCCAAAUGUGGGGAGGACGCAACGCCAAACAAAACAUUACAACUGCUGAUGCUGUGUCACAUCUCAUCGUACACUUCUCACGGCGUCUUCUCCCAGAAUGGUAUUCCGCUGUUAGAGUUUGUCCCUCAUGUCCCUCGCGGGCGGGACCAACGAAUUAUCCACAUAGCGCGUCAGGAAGCGCGCGAGAGCACCCCAGUACUGUUCCGGUUCCGCAUCAUAGGCGUCCAUAUGCGACGCCUCUUUGAAUUGCUCCAGCUCACAGUUGGGCGAGGUCUGUGCCGCGUACAGCUUGAACAUCUGACUGGCCGGCACCAUCUCGUCCUGCAGUGGGGAAGCAAAAGUGGGGCAUGUGAGCAUGCUUGCCAUAAGAAUGCCUUCUUUGAAUCGGGCUCGCGGUAAAACCAAACACACGUUUAUUCGUCCUUGCCUUGCUGGAGCGUCUAACCCUAACCCUCGUGUAAUACUGGCCAGC